AGGGCAUCGUUACCUGUAUUUUUUAAUCGAGAAACAACGUAAAUACGUAGCCAAAUUCGAUCCUGCAUGCUUUAGAUAUCAGACCACGAGAAGUAUUGGACGUGUUUAACGAGUGACUGCAAUAGUUACACUUUGAUAAAUGUAUAUUGUUUUUUUGGUGAAUUGCGGUUCAAGAUGAGAAUAAAGGAGUCAGAAUCCAUUGGAAUGGAGGAAAAAGAACAAAUGAAGAAGAAGGAGGCGGGAGACAGUGAUGCUCUGGAAAACGUGUUGUAUCACGUCGGUGGCAUGGGGCUUUACCAGAGAAUGCUGUUCCUCUCCAUGCUGCCAGUCGGUAUUUUCUUCGCCUUCAUUUACUUUGGGCAGAUGUUUAUCACGGCUACACCGCAGCAGCACUGGUGCCAUGUACCGGAGUUGGCGCACUUGGAUAUGGAGACCAGACGUAAUCUGUCAGUUCCGCGCGUGGGUGAUGGUUGGGUUCAGUGCGCGGUGUACGCUGCCAACUGGAGCCUCGUCCUGCACACCAUGCAGCCGCCGGAGCCCAGCACACCCACGGUGCCCUGCCAGAACGGCUGGGACUUCCAACUGGGAGACAUUCCAUAUCACACAGUUGUCAGCGAGCGUGGCUGGGUGUGCGAGUACUCCGGUUACGCGCCCCUGGCACAAACAAUAUACUUCGUGGGCUCUCUAGUGGGAGGUAUAUUCUUUGGUUGGAUGGCUGACCGUUUCGGGAGAGUGCCUGCUCUAGUUGGUACGCAUUUGGUAGCGUGUGUGGGCGGUUUGGGAACUAUAUACACGACGGACAUCUGGGACUUCAUUUUCUGCCGGUUCCUAGUGGGCAUGGCGUUCGAUAACAACUUCAUGAUGUUGUACAUACUUGUGCUAGAGUACGUGGGCCCUCGUCACAGAACAUGGGUGGCGAGCAUGGCAACCGCUCUAUUCUUCGGCGGCGGUUGUCUCCUGUUGCCCUGGAUCGCUUACUUCAUAGCGGACUGGCGCAAGUUCCUAUGGGCUACCUCCUUGCCUAUGGCUGUUUGCGUGUUUGUACCUUUCGUCAUUCCUGAGAGUGCAAGGUGGCUAGCAUCGCGCGGAAAGGUCAACCAAGCAGUUAAGAUCCUGAAGAGAAUUGAGAAAAUCAACGGAACAAAGAUCCCUCAAGACGUUAUGGAUGAAUUUAUUGUAUCCUCAAGUCAGACAAGACAGUCGAGGGAAUCGCUUUUCGAUCUAUUCCGAAGCGGUCCACUGCGUAACAUGAUCAUAUUUAUGGUGGUAAUCUACAUGGCGUGUGCGAUGAUGUUCGACGGCCUCGUGCGCAUGUCCGAAGGUCUAGGCCUCGAUUUCUUUAUCACCUUCACCCUUACCUCGGCCACUGAGAUACCCUCGGUGACUUUCGUCGCUAUAGUUCUAGACAGAUGGGGACGAAGGAAACUAACAAUUGGCCCCAUUGUCACUGCUGGCACAUUCACAUUAAUUGCUGCCUUUUUAUCCAAAGGCGUGCCGCAAGUGACGCUGGCGAUUGCAUCGCGCUUUAUGAUAAACAUGUCGUACACGGCGAUCGUGCAGUGGAGCGCCGAGCUGGUGCCGACGGGCGCGCGCGCGUCUGGUUCUGCUCUAAUACACGUCAGCGGGUACAUCGCCACCAUGAUGUCGCCCUUCAUCGUAUACUCGGAACGAUUUUGGAGCUCACUCCCGCUGCUGAUCCUGGGCGGCACGGCGCUGUUGGCGAGCAGCUUCGCAUUCCUUCUGCCUGAGACCAUGGGCCGGCCGAUGCCGCAGACCAUCGUCGAGGGCGAGAAGUUCGUCAUGUCGCACACCGUGUGCGGGAAAGCUGAGGAUGAAGAUGAAUUAAAAUAUGAAAAACAGAAGGCUCUCAUCACAUAGGAAGUACACGCUAUAUUGUACGUAGAUCAGGGGUGCAGAACCUCUUGGCAACAUCUCAACUGUUGAUCAAUUUAGUUUGUAAAAACUUUAUUAUAUUUAGUACAACGAAAUUAAAAUAAUAUAAUUAA